AUGUCAAAACCUACUUACACUCUGGCUGAAGGCCAGCCCAUUCGGGAUCCUUCUGUCAGUACGACAUUGCCUAUUUUUGGUGCUGGUGGGAUCACCACGCUAGGAGAUACGCUGCUCCUCGAGACGCUCGCGCAUUUCAACAGGGAACGCAUCCCAGAGAGAGUUGUACAUGCGAAGGCAGUCGGAGCUUGGGGUGAAUUCGAAGUCACCAACAAGGAUAUAGCCAACUUGACCUGUGCCAAGUUCUUGGACACUGUUGGAAAGAAAACGACAAUCCUCUUUCGUCUCAGUACCACUGGUGGUGAGAGAGGUAGUGCUGACACCGUUCGCGAUGUCAGAGGCUUUUCCGUCAAGUUCUUCACAGAAGAAGGCAACCACGACAUUGUAGGCAACCACAUUCCUGUGUUUUUCGUCCGUGACCCGAUGCGCUUCCCUUCUUUGAAUCGAAGCCAUAAGAGGCAUCCGGCCACUAAUAGGCCAGAUUGGACUAUGUUCUGGGAUUUUCAUGUGAACCAACCGGAAAGUGUACACGCCUUGAUGCACCUCUUUGGCACCCGCGGUCUGCCUGAUUCUAUCCGUCGAGUUACGGGCUUCGGGGUCCAUACCUUUAAACUGGUAGACAACAAUGGCAAUUUCCAGUAUUGCAAGUUCCAUUUUCGCCCUGAGGAGCACCCAACUCACUUUGCUUCUUCUGCGGAAGCCGAAAAGGUCGCCGGGGCUAAUGCCGACUACCACCAUGAGGACCUUUGGGAUGCCAUUGUGCGGGGCAAAUACCCAGCUUGGAAGCUGUACGUCCAGGUGAUGAGACCCGAACAGGCUGAGACCUUUGGUCGGGCUCUAUUUGAUAUUACCAAAGUGUGGUCUCAUAAGGACUUUCCCUUGAUUGAGGUCGGCAAGAUGACACUGAACAAGAACCCCAACAACUACUUUGCUGAAAUCGAGCAAGCUGCGUUUUCCCCAUCCAACAUGGUCCCCGGAAUAGCCAUGACUCCAGAUCCAAUGUUGCAAGCCCGUAUGUUUGCCUACCCUGAUGCCCAAAGGUAUCGCCUCGGAGUAAACUACUCUCAGCUGCCUCCUAAUCGACCCAUUGCGCCUGUCUAUGCCCCUUAUGAGCGUGAUGGAAUCACAGUCACUACGAACUAUGGUAGUGACCCGAACUACGUUCGCAGCACGCUAAGCCCUGGUGUGUCCACUAAAUCCAUUACUCAAAUCCGACACCUCGAGCGGGUUGCAUCUACUGCUACACUAGGCUUGAACGAGAUUCCUGUGGACGAGGAGGACUUUGUGCAACCCCGUGAACUAUGGACAAGGGUGUUUGACGAGAGGGAGAAGUCUAGCUGGAUUGAAGCUAUCUCCGGUACCCUACUAGACGUGCCCACUCCGUUAAGGGAGUCUGUGAUAGCCAUGUUCAGCAAAGUAGACCCUAUUAUUGGGCGACUGAUGCUGGUGAAGAUUAAGGAGGGGCUUUCUCAUCUGUAA